AUGAGACUGGAGCAAGGUGUGGUGGGAAUGUCACGACCUCCCGGCGCCAUCCCACCUCCUCACCCGGCCGGGGGCGUCGCCUCCGGCGUGGGCCCCAACCAGGGGUCAGGUCCACCUCCGGGCUAUGUGGGCAACCAGCAGCAGGCGGCCAUGAUGAAGCAGAUGAUGGCGAUGGAGCAGGAGAAGAGGGUGCAGAUGCACAUGAUGGAGCAGCAGAAGCAGCAGCUCUUCAGAGAGCAGCGGCAGCAGCAGCAGCAGCAGCAGCUCCUGGCUGAACAGCUCCAACAGCAGCAGCAUCUCCCCCGACAGAUGGGCCAAGGCCAGAGGAAUCCAUAUCCCCAAGUCAAUCAGUACCAAGGUCCUCCUCAGGAUCUGGCGUCCAGGACCCAGACUCUCCAGAACAUCCGGGCCACGCGUCUCCUACAACAGCAGCAGCAGAGCCAGCAGCAGAUGGUCCAGAUGAGUUCUGUUCAGGGCCAGGGAGGCUCCGUGGGACCCCAGACCGACAUGGGAAUACCCUACGGCAACCAGGGGUCCAACCAGGGCUCCCUGUACGGGCUCAACCCCUCCAUGAGCCAAAUGAUCCACCAGCAGCAGCACCAGAGCCAAAGCGUCCAAGCCUCCAUGGGUCUUCCACCGCAGCACAACCCCGCCGGAGGGCCGCCCCGGCAGGCAGGUGCAGGUCCUGGAGUCGGAGGCAUGCCCGGAGGCCCCGGAGGUGGCGGAGCUGCCGGCUACGGAGGACAAGGGAUGUUAAUGAACUCCAUGGGCCAGCAACCCCUCAAAGGCCCUCCUAACGCCAAAGCCCAAGCGCAGAGACUGCAAAGCAUGCUGGGAGCGGGAGGCGGCGGCGGGGGGAUGGCGGCGGGCGGCUGGCCGCAGCAGCAGGGACAGAGUCUGCAGGCCAUGGGGGGAGGAGUGGGAAGGACUACAGGCGGAGGGGGAGGCGACAUGGUGGGGUUCAGCUCCGCCCAGGGUUACGGGAUGCAGCCGGGUCAACCGCCGCGCAUGGCCAAGCAACACUUUCAGGGCCCGGGACAGGGGAUGAGCCAGGGGAUGGACCCCAGGGUGGGCCACCCAGCAGCAGGUAUGGGCGGCCCCAUGAUGGGCCCCCACAUGGGCGGUCAGCCAAGGACCAACCAGCCCCGGCCCAUGGUCAUGAACCAGGGGAUGAACCAGGGGGUGAUGGGCCAGGGCAUGACUGGGAUGGGGGGUUUUGGGCCGGGCCCCGGGGGUCCAGGAAUAGGGGCAGGGGGCGGAGGAGGCGGACCCUACGGACCGGGGGGAGUCGGGGUUGGAGGUCAGCCGCAGGGCUACCAGAGGACAGCCAAUCAGGACAUGUCAUCCUAUGGAUAUGGGGGCGGGCCCUCAGGCGGAGGAGCCUUCGGAUUGGGCGACGGCUCGGGGGCGGAGCUGGACUCAAGCGACGGUUGGAUGGAGGAGUUUUUCCCGAGCCAAUAGCCAACGGGGAAGGUUUUAACUGGAUGAACUGAACAUUAAAGUCGGACAAAACCUGAGAAAGCGAAACAAAAAGGAUGACACGACGCGGACUGGCAUGUUGUUUUAUUUUUGUUUUGUAAAACACGAGCAAGGUUAUAAAUGAGUUCUUGUGUUAUGUUUUGUGUGUACGUAUGUGUGUCUGAGUGCGUGUGGAGAGAGCUAUCAUCAUCAUGUCUUGUGCAUAUUAAUGAAAAACCAAUAUAGAGAUUAAGAGGUGUGUUUCCUUAGUUUCCCUUUCUUUUUUUUUUUCCCCUCCACGGAAUGAGUUUUUUUUUUUUUUCCUCAGCGUUUGAAAGCGAGCCCCGUUUACACAGCAGCGCUUUGAGCUUCGGCAGGGGCUGAUUGAACACCGCAGACUGAUGAGGGGGAAGGAAGACUUGUUCUCAAGACGGCAAUUUAUUUGUGUUUGUGUGUUUGUGCCACCCAGCUCAGUGCUUCAGAUCUCUCAGCCAUGUGAGGAGCUGAAGGGAGUGGAAAGCGCUCUCAACGCUCCCAUUUCCACUCUCAGAUUUGUUCCCCCCACACACACACACACACACACACACACACACACCGACACACACACACCGACACACACAUCUGUUUCACUCCCUCCACUUGAUCUGCCUCUUUCUCAUCCUUCUCAUCCCUUCUUUCCCACCUCCUCUCCAGAGACUCCUUCUUCCUCGCUCGUCUUUCUCUGUUGAAACUGUGCACAUCACAACAGAACAAAUGAUGUUCCUCUGUUGUUGCCACACACUCUGCCCUCUAGUGCUUUUGCUAGGCAACCGACCUGGGUGGCGCUUUUCUGUUUUUUUUUUCUUUUUUUUUUAAAUCGGUGAGGGUUUCAUAUCGGUGGAUGACGGGUGUGCACGUAGAGGGGAGACAGAACAGGCAGCUAAAGCAAGCACUCGGACUCAAAAGGCACACGACAAACAAACAAACAAACAAACAAACAAACAAACAAGCGGGGAGGAUGCGCGAGAGGCAGCUAACGGAGCUAAUAUUACAUUCUGUCUGCGUGACACGAAACCGCAUCACAUCGAAGCAAAGCGAUCGCUGGGCACUGAAUGUAUUCAAAGCACCACAAGUGACUUCUUCUUCUUUUUAAGGUAAAAAAAAUUUAAAUGUUUAAAACAAAAAGCUCAUUGGAAAGCCCACCCACGUUGUUUUGUUGUGGUUUUUUUAAAUCUCAAACAAUGAUGCUGGUUGUGUCGAUUAAAGAGGAAGAGAAAAAAUAAUUUUUGGUUUUUAGUCGUCUUUGACGGCCUUUUCCUCGUCUCUCUCUUUUUUGUUUUUUAACGUCGCGGCUUCUCUUGCUCCAAACUAACUGUGAAGAAACACAAGUCACCCCCUCGUCAGAACCAACUCCGCUGCUCAGCUUUUAUUUUGAAGAGAAUCGGGCCCCGUUAGCGUCUAGAAACACGAACAUCAGUGCUUCCUCUGAAGUCUCCCCUGUAUCUGCUUCACACCCGGGACUCAUUCAUCCAUAGUCUUCAUCUGGAGCUGUUGUGUGGUUUAAAGCGAGCGCGUGUCUGUCCGUGCAUCACUUUGUAUUUAGCUCAUCAGAGUGAACGUUUUGGAGGAUGAUGCUGUAAUCAACAAAACCAAAAAGCCUUCUUCUUCUUCUUCUUCUUCUUCUCCUUCUUCUUCUUCUUCUUCUUCUCUGUAAACUAACUCCUUGUCAUCAUCUGUUCUCAUGGUUGUUGGUGUUGUAUAAUCCAACCCUUUAAAAACUUUUAACCGCCGCCACCACGCCCGUCGUCCUGUAAGCUGCGUUCGGUAGCACCCGCGAUUGAGGUUCUGUAACUCUUUUUGUUUGUUUGUUUGUUUUGUUUUGUUUUCGUCACGUUUGGUGGAGCCUCCGUCUCACUGUGGAGUCCGAAGACGUGUCGGCUCGUCGCGGCGUUUGAACGCCGCCGCGGUGGCUCGUGCUUCCAAAACUUCGAUGGCGACCCUGCACGAGCGGAAACGCAGAACAACGCCUGAGGUCGACCGUUCCAGAACAAAGGCGGGAAGGUUCAGAAACACGUCUGGGUCGGCGUUAGAGGGGUCAGAGGUCCGUGGUCUUGGUCUGAAAUCCCGUCAGGACGAGAAAGGAAGCUUCCUCCAGAUAUCAUUAUGUACCGGGACCAAGUCUGUAGACAACAUUUUAACAAAAACUGUUGUUAUUGAUGUUCUUUGUUUUGUUUAAUUUUGUUUUUUACUGGUGCUGACAUAUAUGUGAUUAUGAGAAAAAGUAUAUAAAAGAUAAUGGCUAUUUGUAAAUAUGUUUUUACAGGUUUAAAUACAUCAGAUAAUACAGUCUCUACUCUGUAAAGAAUUUACUGUUUGUUGGAAAAUAGAGAAGUAUUUUUAUUUUGAAGUUUUUUGGUUUCACUUUUAACCCAUCUGAGCUAUGCCAUUGCACUUCAGACAAUGUCUUACUACUAAUUUGUAUCGUAAACCUCCUCUCUUUUUUGGAAUUUUUUUUUGUUUGUUUUUUUUUCAUUUGUUUUGUUUUUUUCUAGUUUGAGAUUUGACUCGGUUCUUAAGCAGUGCUUAUUUCUUUUUAUCCUGUACAGAAUUCUGAAAUGUUAACAAAAGAGAAUUACAAAAGACUUUUUUUUUGUUUGUUUUUUCAAAAAGAUACAAUAAAGAGAGAAUGUUCUCGCUGAUCAUAUUAAA